CUGACUCUCUCUCUCACGACACGCAUCACCCUCUUCGAUCUUUGCAUCCUGUCCAGCCUUGAUCACACCAUUGCUUGUACAUCAAGGUACAACGGCACUGCACCGGUAUUUUCACCGCAACAACACGGCGAUCACCAGCCCCGCGCUCCACCACUCCACCAACCUCAUUGACGAGAGCUUCAUUCAAGAUCCACAGCUUCGCCGCCGCAAUUCUCCUGGAUCGCACAGCCUUAUUCAGCCUACUGAUACCUACGACUGCUCCUGCGAUCUGCACAAACCCUCACCACCGCCACGAUGGACGAGCAGAUUGGGACGUUUUGCGCCUUCACCGACGCCACGCCAGAGCAGGCCCAGCGCUUCCUCGCUCUGACGGAGAGCAAUGUCGAGCAAGCAGUGGAGCUGUUCUACAGCAGUCCAGAUCUCGGUGCCGCACCCGCAGCAGCACCUCCAGCACGCGCUCCCGCACCACAGACCUCAAAUUCCAACGCACCGAUAACCAUCGACGAUGAUGACGAUGAGAUGGACGAUUUUGAAGAAGACGAUGUGCAGGAGACGGGAAGCCGUGCGGUACCACAGGCGGGACACUCAGUAGAAGACGAUGAAGCGAUGGCACGGCGAUUACAAGAGGAGAUGUACGGUGCGAGAGGUGGUGGGAGUGCAGGAGGAGCUGGCAUGGGUUACGACGAAGACGGCGUGCGCGCACCCAUGGCGGCGAGGACAGAGACUCUCAUCGGUCCAGGGAGCAGCGAUUGGCGGACAGACCCAAACGAGAUGAAUGCCGCCAUUGCACAGCAGCUCAUGAACCGCCACCAACGCCGCGCCGCACCCGGCAUAUUCAACCAGCGCGAGUCCCGCUCGAUCUGGGCAAACGACGACCCUACAAAUCCUGCCGUUCACAAUGAAGUCCUCUCCCGCGCAACAGGUGGAGCAUCAGAUCAAACAUCGAAAGCCAAUCUUCUCGCCGAACUCUUCCGCCCUCCCUUCGACCUCAUCUCCCAACAACCCUUCUCCGCCGCACGCGAUGAUGGCAAAGAGAACGAGAAAUGGAUCAUCGUUAACGUCCAAGAUCCCUCCAUCUUCGACUGCCAGGUCCUCAACCGCGACAUCUGGAAGAAUCAGUCCAUCCGUGACACCAUCAAGGAACACUUCAUCUUUCUACAAUACAACAAAGACGACCCGCGCGGACAGGAGUACGUCAACUACUACUUCAGCAACAUGCGCGACUCGGAGGAUGCGUACCCACACAUUGCAAUCGUCGAUCCGCGGACAGGAGAGCAGGUCAAGACAUGGUCUGGCUCACCUGGUCCGAAACCCGCUGACUUCCUGAUGGACCUGCACGAGUUUCUUGAUAGAUACAGUCUUAAGAUGACGAAGAAGAAUCCCGUGCAGACGAAGCGGAAAGAAGCAAAGAAGGACGUCACGCGCAUGAGCGAGGAGGAGCAGCUGGAGUUGGCCCUGCAAGCUAGCAUGGCGAAUGGCUCGACUUCCGGACCGAAAGAUGAAGACCCCGACGCGCUGACCAAGUCCAUCAACGAUUUGUCCAACGGGAAGGGCAAAGCUCCCGCAACCGCCGACUCAGCAAUGGACGUCGACGAGCCCUCCGCAUCAUCCUCGAAACCUCCCAAGCAGGACACACCUUUCUCCCUCAUCUCCUCCACUUCUCCGCAUGAGGAACCCACCGACCCCGCCACGACCGCGAGGAUCCAAUUCCGCCACAGUGGAGGACGUGUGGUGCGGCGAUUCAAUCUCGACGAUCCGGUGAGGAGGAUUUACGAGUGGUUGAAGGCGUCGCCGUUGGAGGGCAAGGAUGGAGUGAAGUUUGAGAUGGUCAGUGGAGGGAAGAAUUUGAUUGAGAUGCUGGACUCGACGGUCAAGGAGGCGGGUCUGAGUGGUGGGACGGUCAUGGUGGACAGACUUCGCUUGUCGUCACCGCUACAGCCGCAUCGAAACGAGCUCGCCAACAAGCGAACUUCCACGAGCUGCUCCGUACGGACCAACACCACAUCUCGUCCACCGCUCAACGGAGCUCGACCACGCCCAUCUCCCACGACCACCACACCGACCAUCCUCUCCUCAAUACCUCCUCAACCGCGCAAUAUGGCUUCCCAAGCAACCCACACGAAAAAGCACAAGGUCGCCGUAAUCGGCUCAGGGAACUGGGGCACAACAAUCGCCAAAGUCAUCGCCGAAAGCGUCGUCGAGAACCCCGAUCUCUUCGAACCAGAAAUACAGAUGUGGAUGUUUGAAGAGGAGGUCUCGAUCCCGAAAGACAGCAAACACUACUCCUCCUCCUCCGAGCUGUCCACGAAACCCCAAAAACUCACACAUCUCACCAACACCCUCCAUGAAAACAUCAAAUACCUUCCCAACAUCGCCAUUCCCAAAAACAUCAUCGCCAACCCGGACCUCUCUUCCACCGUCAAGGAUGCGACGAUAUUGAUCUUCAACCUCCCCCACCAAUUCAUCUCCCGCAUAUGCUCCGACCUCCAAGGGAAAAUCGUCCCUUACGCCCGCGGCAUCUCCUGCAUCAAAGGCGUCUCCGUCUCCGACGCGGGCUGCGAACUCUUCUCCGAAUCCAUAGGUUCGAAGCUGGGUAUCUACUGCGGCGCACUCUCCGGAGCCAACAUUGCCACCGAAGUCGCGCUGGAGAAAUUCUCCGAAACGACGGUAGCCUACGAUCCACCUGAGAUGGACUCCCGCGCCAACUCCCGCUCUGCAUCACCUUCUUCCCGUGGAAAAGCAGACGUCUCCAUUCCCGAUGGCCAACGCGCGACCCUCGCACCCGUGCCGAAGGAAUUACCCCCUCUCACCCACGGCAACAUCAAAAAGCUCUUCCACCGCCCCUACUUCCACGUCCGCCUCGUGCACGACGUCGCGGGCGUGUCUCUCGGCGGCGCACUCAAAAACAUCGUCGCUCUCGCCGCGGGUUUCGUCGACGGUCUCGGUUGGGGCGACAAUGCUAAAGCGGCGGUGAUGCGGGUCGGAAUGCUGGAGCAGGUGAAAUUCGGCAAACAAUUUUUCGGGGGUUCCGUGCGGACGGAGACGUUUACCGAGGAGAGUUGUGGGGUGGCGGAUAUGAUUACGAGUUGUAGCGGGGGUAGGAAUUUUCGUUGUGCGAAGAUGUCAGUGGUGGAGGGGGUGGCUAUUGGGGAGGUGGAGGAGAGGGAGUUGAAUGGGCAGAAAUUGCAGGGGACGAGUACAGCGUAUGAGGUGAAUAGCUUUUUGAAGGCGCAAGGGUGUGAGAAGGAGUAUCCGCUUUUUACGGCGGUUUAUGAGAUUUUGGAGGGGAAGAGGAAGCCGGAGGAGAUUCCGAGGUUGAUUGAGAGGGGGGAUGAGUAGGUCACAUGGUUUGCGGAGGUGGUAGGUAUGAGUGCUUUCUGGCUGACUGGUUUAUUUUU